AAAUUCAAUUGGUAACACCACUUUAUCAUACUGAUGCAACGUUGACACAAAAAGUGCAAUUGACAUAUCAAACUUUACUUCGCUCUACACGUAUGAGGAAUUGUUCUCUGUCUCUUAUAAAUGCUUAUUAUUUAGGUCAACUUAUUGAUGCCGCAACUACUUAUCCUGCUUAA